AUGCAUACGCUCCACGCUGUCGCCUCGUCGACGCUGUCUCUCCCGACAGAUAGCUACAUCUACUCCAUCACGCCCUCGGCACCGGGCACGUUCGCGGCCAUUUCAUCAGAUGACUCGCUGCGCGUGUUUGACGCCGCCAAUCUGGACCGCGGAUCUGUGGUCUCUAAUGCUACGCAUGCGGGUGUAACGGCGUUGCGGAGCUUUGGGGUUGGCGGGUCGCAAUUGCUUGCUACUGGUGGGCGAGAUGGGAAGGUCAAGGUUUGGGAUGUUAGGGCUGGGAAGUCUGUUGUGGAGAUGCAGACGGAGAGAGCAGCACCUGUUCUGUCUGUCGCUUGUAAUGCAGAGACGAAUAUUAUCGUCGCAGGAACUGAGCUUGUCUCUUCGCAGGCAGUCGUUGCUUUCUGGGAUAUCCGAUCCCCACAAAAAAUCAGUCUCCAAUACGUGGAAAGCCACAACGACGACAUCACCGAGCUCCAAUACCACCCGACCCGCAGCAACAUCCUCCUCUCCGGCAGCACGGACGGGCUAGUCAACAUCUAUGAUACAACCAUAGCGGAUGAAGACGAAGCCUUAGUGCAAGUAAUCAACCACGGCUCCGUCCACCACGCCGGAUUCCUGUCCGAGCACGCCAUCUUUGCCCUCAGCCACGAUGAGCUCUUCUCCGUGCACCCGGCUACAAACCCGGACGAUGCAGCGCAGGCGCCGGAGCCCGUGCAGUUCGGCGAUCUGCGCGAUCCGCUGGGCUGCGAGUAUGUUGCUCAGCUUUGUCUCGGUGCGCAAGGGAUGUAUAUUGCCGCCGGUAAUAAGAUGGAGAAGCAGCUUGAUCUUGUGCCACUUGUUUCUGGGGAUUCUUGGUCUUUGGACCGGGAGAAUUUGUGGCGCUUGCCUGGUGCUCAUGGAGAGGAAGUUGUGCGCUCGGUUUGUCUUGAUGAACAGAGUCAAUCGGUCUUCACCUGUGGCGAGGAUGGAUAUGUGCGGGCGUGGAAGCCUGCCGAGGGAGGCGACAGUUCGGUUCAGUCUGGGUCUGGGUCAGCGAAGGCUCGGCCGAAGGAAAAGAAGAAGGAUAGGUACAAGCCGUACUAA